UUUGGAUCAAGCAUGGUCGAGAGAGGAUUCUUUUUGUGCACUGUUUCAAAUGCACACAACCUUAUCGCGGUGACUAGGACCGCAUCAGAUUCAGAUAAUGUAAUUGUCUCGUUUAAGAAUGAAGGUGUUGCGAUUUAUAAGAUAUCAGACCAGAAGGCUAUAUUGACAUGGUCCACAAAGAAAGGACAGGAAAUAACUAGCCCUACACAUUACAUGGGGGAUGGAAGAACACUUAUUACCGUGUUUAACAAACAGUAUAUAAGAAUCUGGAACCAAGAGGAUGCCCAUAUAGAACAGGGAAAGAAAUAUUCUGGUAAAGGUUCAAUUUACAAAACACUUUGUUUGCCCACUGUAGAUGAACCUGUAAUUGUAUUUGAAAAUGGUGCAGUGACCCAGCUCGCAGAUUUAAAAGAUCCUCCAGACCCUGUAUUAUAUGAUGAUGAAAACAUUUUAUACUGCGAUGGAGGUGGACAUGAUGGCAAAAGUUAUGUGCUAGUUUUAUCAAGAAGAGAAGUGUCAGGAAAGUUUGUAAUAAGGGCUCUAGUGCACUGGAUUGCUGUGAAUAGUGGCAGUAAAAUGUCAGAAAGCCAACUUCAGUCAGAAGCUGGGGAUCUGUUGAGCUUUUGUUUAAUGGACAAGAAGUCACCACCUGAAUUUCUUACAUUAUGGUCUGAUGGAAGUUUGAGGUCUACAAGGUUAACUGGCUCCUUAGACCACACUGUGAAACUCCACAACAUACCCGAUAUAACCCCCAGCUCACGGAUGUGCUCAGUUGGUGAGAACCAUGUAGCAGUCUCAAGUUUAAAAGCUGGUGAAAAUGGCGAAGAGAGGAUAGGUUUAUGGAAUGUCAAGUUUGGCACCUUACAUUCAACUCAAACUUUGCCAACUAAAAUGGAUGAAGAUAAAAGGAUAUUCUGUGCAGGCAGCCACAUUUUUGCACUAUGUGGCAAAAGUAUAUAUGCAUUUCCCUACACCUGCCCUUCUUCUGAUCUGGCCACCUCACUGGGAAAAUAUACAACACUGAGGGAUCUCAAGGAAACACUGGUUCCCAAGGGCACUGCCUGGGAGGGUAGGAAUGUAAUUUUACAAGAAAGUCUAAACCAGAAUGCUCUUAGUGUAUUGGAACAACUUGUUGAUGCAAAGAAGACUCCAACAGCUAAAAGCUUCACAUCGGCAUUUAACACGUUGACGAAGAAUACAAAGAAAAACCAAUGGCAGGAACUUGCUUCUAGUUUGCAAAUGUCCAAGCUCAUUAAAAGGAUAUCAGAGGAGACCAGAUUCUGGCCACAGCAAGAGAUAAAGCAAUUAGUAUUGCUUGGAGCAGUGCCAAGUGGUCUGGUUUCCACACUUAUUUCUGUUGUGGUGUCACACGAAGACUUAUCAGUGUUAUUGGAUUGCCAUAACCACCUGACAGAUAUUCCUGAACCAGCUAUUGUACAAUGUCUUAAAUUUUAUCUGAAGCAAGAAGAAGCUACGUUUUCCAGAUGUACAAAACAGCUUCAGCAGCUGGGCUCCAGCAGUCUUAUAGAGAACAACAGAAGUAAUUUAGAACCCCCAUUUGGGUCUGAAAAGGCAGCAUUUAUCAACUUGAUCCUAACCUCUGUGUAUAAUGAUGUGUUCAUAUUGGACAGCUUAAGGGCAAUAGACUUUGACCAAGUGCUGUUACUGAUGAAGUACCUUUUCUACCAGUUAAGCUCACUUUCAGCUGCCCUAGCCACCCACAAAAGUGGAUCCAGGUGGCAACCAUCAUUGAUGCAGGUGGUGGAUUGGCUUAGCUUGCUAUUGGAUGCACAUUGCCAACAACUGAUUCUGUCACCAGAUGCUAGAACAUUGCUAGCUGAUCUGCACCAAGUAGUAGAAAGCCAGGUUCAGUUUUAUGAUGAGCUGGUGAGUCUAGAAGCUAUAUUAUCACAGCUGAAGCAGAAAUGCGGCCUGCCUAAAAAACAGUGUGUUGGACUCUACAGUAUAGAAGUUCUUCAUAUAUUAUAGCUCCUCCCAUACCUUAGGCACUGUAACAACUUUCAGUACAAUGAACGAUUAAUGCAUUUUUGAAUGUUAAGUAUUUUACUAAAAAGCUGAGGGGCUUUUGUCAUCGACAGGUACACCUGUGCUGUAAACCGUGUGGUGUAAGGAUUUGCGAUGGAUAAGGCGAAUUAAAGAUUGAUACAUAGUAAUCCUAAAGGUUAUGCCAAGUGUUUGUAAUGAAAUGGAUACAAAAAAUAACCAAAUGUUGAAUAAAAAUUUCAUUUUAAUAGUAUGAAUUUAAACGAAAGAUUUUCUUUAAU